UUAUCAUACAAUCACAUUUGGUCACACUGAACUACCAAUAUGAACCGAAAAUAAAGUCACCCGUACGAUAUAAAACUAUAGAACGAAAUUAUUUCAACACACAAAAAAAUGGUCAACUAAUUUUAAGGAUUUCGGGGCUAGGCUGCAGUUAGAAAUGGAUCAAUUGAACUUAUACGAAGUGCUAGGAGUGGCCCCGGAUGCAGGUGAGGAGGAAAUAAAAAAGAAUUAUCGCAAAUUGGCCAAAGAGUUUCAUCCUGACAAAAAUCCCGAUGCUGGCGAUAAGUUUAAGGAGAUAUCCUUUGCUUAUGAAGUGCUAUCGGAUCCCGAAAAGCGACGAAUAUAUGACCGUUACGGAUUGAAAGGCCUACAGGAGGGUGCUGAGGGAUUCACCGAUGCUUCGGAGUUCUUUUCACAGUGGUUCCCCUUUGAGCGGGCAUCUCAAGGGGGGCGUGGCAGGCGGGAUGGCAAGGUAGUGAUCAAGAUGGAGGUGACACUGGAGGAAAUAUACGUUGGGGGCAUGAAGAAGAAGCUAGAGUACAAACGCCAUAAGCUCUGUGGAAAGUGCAACGGGGAUGGUGGCCCCAAGGAGGCUCAGGAGAGCUGUGAGGCAUGCGGAGGUGCAGGACGGGCGACCGCAUUUACCUUUAUGGGUCUCAGUGCGUUCGACGCGCCAUGCCCAGCUUGUGAUGGACGUGGAUUCACCAUCAAGGAUAACAUGAAGUGUACUCCGUGCCAGGGAAUAGGUUUCGUUGAGCAGAAAAUGAAGCGAGAUGUGGUGGUGGAGCGUGGAGCUCCACACAUGCUGAAGGUUCCUUUCGCCAACGAAGGAAAUCAAAUGCGUGGCGGAGAGUUUGGAGAUUUAAUUGUCGUAAUUGUCCAACUGGAGCAUACAGUUUUCCAGCGACGACAUGCGAAUCUUUACAUGCGGGAUCUGGAAAUCAAUCUUACCGAGGCGCUGUGCGGCUACUCGCACUGUUUCAAGCACCUGGAUGGGCGGAAUGUGUGCCUGCGAACCAAACCAGGUCAAGUGCUGCAGCACAACCAUAUCAAGAUGGUCCGUGGUUGCGGAAUGCCCGUUUUUAAUCAAGCCACGGACAAGGGAGAUCUAUAUUUGAAAUUCCGCGUUAUGUUUCCAGACAACGAUUUCGCCACAGCUCCACAACUGGCCAUGCUGGAAGACCUACUGCCCGCAAGGCAGAAGGUUGUGAUACCCCCGAAUGCCGAAGAAGCCCAAUUGUUGGACUAUAAACCGGAGCCAAGGCAGGCUAGUCAAGACGAGGAUGAUGGUACUUCACCACACUUCGAGGGCGUGCAGUGCCAGACAGCUUAGUGCAUGUGGCUGUGGUUCCUGCAGGCGCGGUUCCUUUGUCUCGAUCUGGUCCAUAUCCUGGGCACUUUGGGGGUCGAUGAGGUCUGCUUCCUGGUGCCACUAGUCGUCCUAAUCUGCAUAGUAUUAUUUUUCAUACAGGAAUGUUUGCUGUGAGAAGCACGUGAUCCAAAUUCAGUAGUAUACACUAAAGCAUACGUCGUAUAGGGGCUUAACACAGCUAAAGCUGAUCAGAUCUUCAAUUUUAGUGUCGAUAUAAUAGCAAUGCUAAAUAAAAUUUAAGCAAGCAAA